GUGAUAUCCCGCACACGUCGCGUGCCAACGAUCAUUCAUUCGCAAAGGCAUCACUCCUCGCAGGACCUGCGAAGUGCGAACCGAUAACCCUAUUUCAUGCCAAUGGCCAUACCUAGUAUUGAAGGGCUACAGCAAGCCACUACGGAGCUACUGAAAGAAGCUCAUGCCGAGGGAAAUUUGAGCAAGCUCACUGUACGCGUUAUUCGCGAGAGGCUGGAGCAAAGCCUUCAGCUCUCACCUGGGACUUUGGACGUAAAAGAGUACAAAGCGCCUAUCAAGAAAACAGUCGUUGACUAUUUGGACAAUGUUCCAACGCCACCGAAUGGGGCAGACGAGGGAGAGAGUCAGCCAAAACCCUCGAAGAAACGCAAGGUGAAAGCUGAUGAAGAGCCUGUCAAAACCCGCAAAAGUACCUCUAAACCCAAGGCGCCUCCCGGGAAGGGCGCGAAGGGAAAGCAGGUGCCCAAGUCUUCUGCUAUAGUAGAAUCUGAAGUGUCCGAAAGUUCUGAAGACGACGUUCCAGCUAGGAAAAAACCUGCGAAAAAAAAGGCUGCAUCAAAACUACGGAGCGAGGACGAAAAUGAUGAGAAACAUGAAGCGAAACCCUCCACGUCCAAACGCUCUCAAAAGGCGUCAAAAACCAAGAAUUCGACCAGCAGAAUCGCUUUGAAGACGCACAAAUCAGCUUCUAUCGUCGAAUCUUCUGGUGAUGAGGCUGGUUCUACGCGCCCAUCCGAACCGGUUGUGACGUCUCCAAAGAAAGACAUGCAAUCACAUGAGAAAUUGCCUUCAAAGGAGAAGCCUCUAUCCAAACCUAAGUCGACCACCAAGCAAAGUGCGACGCGUGAGGUGGAUGAUGAGGCCGAGCAUGGAGCAAGUUCUUCCACCUCAAGACCUCCGGAACCCGUGACUAUGAAACCUGCACGUCCCAAAUCUAAAGUUCAUGCCCGUGACGAACCUGGGAGUGACUCUGAAUUGUCCACAGUCAUCGAUGAACCCCCGAAGAAAAGAAAGAAGAAACAGGAUAAGGAUUCGGGAAAGACAGGCCCGAAAGAGCAUAAGAAGGGAAUGAAGAGCAACGCAGGAGGGUCAUCGAAGCAUGACGAGGCUGUCUCGAAACUCAAGGCUAUGGUGGUUGCUUGUGGUGUACGAAAGCAGUGGAAGAAAGAAUUUGCAAAUUUGGACACACCAUCAGCACAGAUUAAACGACUGAAGGAAAUCCUUAGCGACUUAGGGAUGGUCGGUCGUCCUACUCUGGAGAAAGCAAAGGCCAUCAAAGCAGAGAGAGAAUUGGCACAAGAACUUAGGGAUGUACAAGAGUUCGCAGAGGCACAAGAGAAGAGGAAAGGAAAGGGGGUAUCGGAGGAUGAGCAAUCUGGACCAGAAAGCGACGAUGAGGACGAGGGCCCACCAGUCAAGAGGAAGAAAACUGCGGGCGCGAGCAUCUUGGCAUUUUUGGGGGACCAGAGUGACGAUGAAUAGCUUUUGAUGGUUGUACUGCUCAUCUCCUUGAUAUCUCCUCAUGAAUCUUAUGUAACCUCCCAUUGACUUCAUGUUUUGCACCCUGACCGACGCUCGUCGUAGAGCAGUGGGGCUACCAAUCUUGCACUAUUUGCCUGUCCAUUCAAUAUAUGAACCAAUCGCAUCUCCAGGAAAGCAACAACGCAAUUAACAUGUCAAAUACCUCUUAAGAUAAUGCCUGCCUGGCACACACUCUUGCCCGACCUGACGCGUGAAGCUUCUCAACUCAAGGAACGGUGUGGGCGUAUCGUAGUAGAUUCGCAGUCCGGCUGUAAACUUCAGUGCGAGAUGUGGAGGCAAGUAGUGCAGUGGUAGAUGUCAAACUCAGCAGG